GUGGAAACCCCAACGACGGAACACGCGAGCUUUCGUUCGGCUGCCAGUUUCCCCUUCCCACAGUCAAAACAUACACACGCAACGCACACAAAGCUCGACUGGGGCCAUCAUAUCAUCGCCAGUCAGCCCGCCGAGCUGUACAGUUCGUCAGACUGUGAACCAGCUCCGGCACUUUUCCAAUACUCAAUCCUGCUUGGUCUUUGCCUUGAAUACCCGGCAGUCCAUACAGCACUUUGUUUUUCGCCCGCGAUUUUAUCUCGAUCCGAUCCUGGGCUUCAUCCCACGCCGCCAUCCAACUGUUUUGGCGCUUCCCAGCGACACAACGUUCUGAAUAAGAUAGAUAACCAGAAACGGCGACUAUCUUCUUUUCCCCCCAAACGCGCCCAAGUUGCACUUGUCCCAUUUCAAGGCGACCAAAGACAGAGAUCCAACGCGCGCCACAUCGUACCCUCACAUCUCCAAACAACGACCAAAGGGCUCCACGUCGUCGGGUAGAGAGCUUCAAUCAUGCGACCGGCUUUGGCCAUCCUGCUCGCUCGAACCAUUACCCACACCCGUCAAUUCUGAUAAUCCGAAAGAUACGCCAUAUCGAUCGAGGUUUACGUGAGAGGGCCGGGUGUUUCACCUGCCUCCCCUUCCCGCGCCCACAAUGUCUUCCACCGACAAAUCGAGGCAGUCGUCAGGCGGAAAGUCUUUCUUCUCGCGCAAUAGGAAAGACAAACGCAAUACGAGCGACGAAGGCCGCCACCUGGCUGGAGGCGACUACUCCGACACGGCCAGCACCCACUCGCGCGCCUCUCGUCAUCACCGCGAUUCGUCUGCAGUGUCCAUCGACCAGUAUCCCGAGUCCGGCAUGACGGCCGGUCCCAUGACGAGCAUCCCAUACGAUAGCAUUACCGAUUCUAGAUCGCCGGUGCCGGUCGAAUACCUCCCCAAGGGCGAUCAGCUUGGCGUGCUGCGCCAAAACCCUCUGCCGCAUCAUCUCAACAAAGUAACAAGCGACUUUCACCAAUAUCCCAGCUUCGAUCCGUCCACGAUGGCCGGGAGCGCCGGUUCGCAUGCGUCCGCGCAGCGUGUCCCGCAGUCCAACAUCACAAUGGCCAGCACUGGUCGUCAGACGCAAUACCAGCAGUGGGGACCAGGGCCUGCUCGCGGAAGUACAACGAGCACAAUCAAUGGGUCCCACAACCCCAGAUACGAUUCGUACAUGACAUCGGCGGGUCGGAGCUCUGCUGACCAAGCUAGCAUAUUCUCAUCAGGUAAUGGAGGCACCUAUGACAUGACAGCAAAUCGCUCAUCAAGACCAGCACUGCCCAGUGCUUCUUCCCAGAGUUCUUAUUCCUCGCAUAUGUCCUACAGGGACUCCUCGCACCCUUCCUCACACCGAAUGACAAAGUUCCCCGGCAUGGGACCCACUGGACACGAUGGCUUUCAUUUCCCGCGGCCGGACAACGACGAUAUCAUCGACCAGAUGUUUCUGGCCCUGAUGCAGAAACGAGGAUGGCACAACCUACCCGAGCAGGCUCGCCGCCAGAUGGUCGCCUACGCGCCCGACAAGAAAUGGACGUUGCUAUACCAGGACCGAUUGACCGAGUGGCAAGGAGAACAAAAGAGGAGGCAAACUGCGAAGCCGAACCAAUAUGCGGCCCCCGAGAUCCUGGUCAACUCGGACGAGGAGGGCUCGCCGGAAUGGUACGUCCGACGUGUGAUGGAUAACAGCUUGGACACAAAGGGUCUUGGAAGCUUGGAAGUCAACCUACGCACGCAGCAAAUAGGUUGGGUCAAGCGCUUCAUCGAGUGCCAAGGCCAGGUCGCGUUGACCAACGUCCUGAUGAAGAUCAACCGCAAGACUGCGAUCGGCCCAGUACCCGACGGCAAGUCCGACAGGAAUUCCGACCGCGAGUACGACAUCAUCAAGUGCCUCAAGGCUCUGAUGAACAACAAGUUCGGCGCCGACGACGCCCUAGCCCACCAACAAGUCAUCAUUGCGCUGGCCACCUCGCUCACCUCUCAACGCUUGACGACGCGGAAGCUGGUCAGCGAAGUCCUCACCUUCCUGUGCCACUGGGGAGAUGGCGAAGGCCACUUGAAGGUCAUCCAGGCCCUGGACUCCGUUAAAGCACAACAAGGAGAAAAUGGCCGCUUCGACGCCUGGAUGCGGCUUGUCGAGGUCACGGUGGACGGUCGCGGAAAGAUGGGCAGCAUGGUUGGAGCCAGCGACGAGGUCCGAAGCGGUGGAAUCGGCAUGGAGAACCUGCUGAUGGAAUAUGCGGUCGCGACGCUGAUUCUCAUCAACAUGAUUGUCGAUGCGCCAGAGAAGGAUUUGCAGCUGCGGAUGCACAUCCGCGCCCAAUUUACAGCAUGCGGCAUCAGACGCAUCCUGACCAAGAUGGAUUCGUUCCAGUACGACCUCAUCGACAAGCAGGUCGAGCACUUCCGAACAAACGAGGCCAUCGACUACGAGGAUAUGCUGGAGAAGGAGAACAACAGCAUCAAGGACAGCAUCGAAGGAGAAGUUAAGGACCUCAACGAUCCUGUCCAAAUUGUCGAUGCCAUCCAGCAACGACUGCGUGGGAGCAAGACCCAGGAUUACUUCAUCUCGGCUCUGCAACAUCUGCUGCUCAUCCGCGAUAACGAUGGCGAGGAGCGACUGCGAAUGUUCCAGCUGGUGGACUCCAUGCUCAGCUAUGUGGCCAUGGACCGGCGCUUGCCAAACAUGGACCUGAAGCAGAGCCUGAACUUCACCGUUCAAAGUCUGCUAGACAAGCUUCACACGGAUUCAGAGGCCCGGCAAGCCCUGGACGAGGCACUGGAAGCUAGGCAGGUCGCCGAUGCCGCCAUGGCCGAGCGAGACGAGAUGAAGGCGAGGAUGGAACUGGGCGCCGAUGGUCUCGUGGCGAAACUCCAGAAGCAAUUAGAUGAGCAGGCGAGGUUCAUCGAAGCCCAGCGGCGACAGGCAGAAGGCUUGAAGGCCGAACUGGAGAACAUCCAGACGCUACGCCAAAAGGAAGCCCAGCGCUACGAGCUCGAGACCAGAGAACUGUACCUCAUGCUUAGGGAUGCACAAGACGUUGCUGCGUCCAACGCUGUUAAGGGCAGUAAGCUCGGAGAAGACGACCCGGCUCGGAUGCAAGGCAUUCUGGACCGCGAUCGCCUUAUGGAGCGACUGCAAAUGCAAAUCGAACGCCAGAAGACGCAGUUCAAGCUGGAGGGCAGAGUAUGGGGAGAGGCCGUGGGUCCUUCCGAUCGGCUUCGCGCUCUUCGUGAGGAGAUGGACGACGCUGCCAUGGGGUCAGGACCAGGGACGCCGCCGAGAGACUUUGCAAACAGCAUGCUCGGAAGUGUCAAUCGCAACACAAAGAUUACGCGAAAGCCGGUCAACGGUCGUGGCGAGCCUAUCGAAGGCGGCUUUCCUGAGGGAGAAGAGCGUGAGGAGGAUGAAGAUGGAGUUGUUUAUGAAAAGCCCAGAGUCGUUGAAAUCCGCCGCCCCGUUAUGGAUUCCAGCCAAAAAGCCGGUCUCUUUGGCGAAAUGGCCGGUAAGGUUAAGAGGUACGAAGGGAGCGACUCGGAAGACGCCGAGGGCACAACAGGCCCGUCGCAUCAGAGCCUUGAGUCCGGCUCCCCCAUCACUCCCGCUGAAGGCGAGCCACCCAAAAUCCAGAUUAAUGGUGCGGCAGCCGCCCCGCCUCCGCCGCCGCCGCCGCCGAUGCCCGGCACAACCGGCGUCCCUCCGCCGCCUCCACCUCCGCCUCCCCCACCACCACCACCUCCUCCUCCCCCUGGCGGCAUGCUCUCGCCGAUGGGCGGUCCUCCUCCGCCGCCGCCGCCUCCGCCAAUGGGCGGAGCACCGGGUAUGCCGCCACCACCGCCGCCUCCAUUGCCCGGUGCCAUUUCUGGACACUUUCUUUCACAGGCUACGCCAUUUGCUGGAGGACCUUCCAUUGGCCUUCCUGUCGUUCGUCCGAAGAGGAAGCUCAAGGCUCUUCAUUGGGACAAGGUCGAUUCGCCCAUGACUACCCAUUGGGCCGCACACGCUCCGUCCGCUGAGGAGCGUGAGGAGAAGUACCUUGAACUCAGCCGCAAGGGUAUCUUGGAUGAAGUCGAGAAACUCUUUAUGGCCAAAGAAAUCAAGAGGCUUGGUGUCGGCGGCGGUGCUAAGAAGGACGACAAGAAGCAAAUUAUCUCGGCAGAUCUUCGCAAAGCCUUCGAAAUUGCCUUUGCCAAGUUUUCUCAAAUUUCCGUUGAGAGAAUUGUACAGAUGAUCAUCCAUUGUGACAAGGAUAUCUUGGACAAUACUGUAGUCAUGGAUUUCUUGCGCAAAGACGAUCUCUGCCAUAUUCCUGAUAACACGGCCAAGCAAAUGGCACCCUACAGCAAAGACUGGACGGGCGCCAACCCCGACAAGGCCGACCGCGAGCAGGACCCAGCCGAGCUCACCAGACAAGACCAGAUCUAUCUUUUUACGGCCUUUGAGCUGCACCACUACUGGAAGGCCCGAAUGCGCGCCCUGGCUCUUACCAGGAGCUUUGAGCCCGACUUUGACGAAAUUACGGAGAAGAUGCGGCAUGUAGUCGGCGUGUCCGAGUCUUUGAGAGACUCGGUAUCGUUGAUGAACGUCCUCGGCCUCAUUUUGGACAUCGGAAACUACAUGAACGACGCCAACAAGCAAGCCCGCGGUUUCAAGCUGAGCUCUCUCGCCCGUCUCGCCAUGGUAAAGGACGACAAGAACGAAUCCACACUGGCGGACCUGGUCGAGCGGAUCGUCCGCAACCAGUACCCCGAGUGGGAAGAGUUCUCGAAUGACAUUUCGGGUGUCAUGAUGGCACAGAAGAUCAAUAUCGAACAGCUCCAGUCGGACGCCAGGCAGUACAUCGACACGGUCAAGAAUGUCCAGAUGUCGCUUGACGCCGGCAAUCUCAGCGACUCCAAGAAGUUCCAUCCUCAAGAUCGCGUCAGCCAGGUUGUCCAGAGGAUCAUGAAGGACGCAAGAAGAAAGGCGGAGGAGAUGCAGCUGUACCUGGAGGAAAUGAUGAAGACGUACAACGACAUCAUGGUCUUCUACGGCGAAGACCCUACGGACGAAAACGCCCGGAGAGACUUCUUUGCCAAGCUCGCCAUAUUCAUCUCGGAGUGGAAGAAGUCGAGGGAGAAGAACGUGCAACUGGAGGAGACGCGCAGGCGCAACGAGGCAUCCAUGAAACGCAAGCACGCCCAACUCCAGGUAUCCAAUACCAAGGUGGAGGGGGCACCGCCCUCGCCAUCCAGCGCAGGUGCUAUGGACUCUCUCCUGGAGAAGUUGCGUGCCGCUGCACCCCAGACCCGGGACCAGAGAGAUCGCCGUCGCAGGGCAAGACUCAAGGACCGUCAUCAGGUGCGGAUAGCAUCCGGACAGAAGAUUCCUGAUCCGGACGAGAUUCCCGAGGUGGAAGUCGCUUUACAGCAGCCGCCCAAGGAGGCAACAAUCGAUGAGGACGGCAAUCCCAUCAGCCCAGGACUGUCGUCGCCCAGAGAAGCUGGCGAGGACGAUGUGGCCGAUCGCGCGGCGAUGCUGCUCCAAGGUAUACGUGGAGGAGACGGGGCUGACGACGCCGACCCAGAAAAGAGAGAGAGCCUGCGGCGUUCGCGGAGGCAAACUGCCGAGGAAGAGCGGCGGAUGAGAAGACGCAGGCGGGAGAAGGCGACUUCGACCAACACGGCCGUCAGUGAAGGAGACACGACUGUGACGGAAGCGAAGGAGGAGGAUAUACCCCCAACACCUUCGGUUGAGAGCACACCUGUAGAACCAUGAGCUCGGGUCUCAUGUGAGGGGUCACCAGUCGGGUCAUAUACACACUCAAAACUACAUAAUGUUUACUACCUUGGAAGAACGCUAGCUCAAAGGGAUAGCUCGAAAACCAUCACCCACACACACACACACACACACACACACACACACACACACACACACACCAUACACAACACACACACGACCACCAUCUGGACAUCAGGAAGCAAAGGUUGGGAGACAAUUCGGAGGUGGGAACGGACCCGGCUCGACCCUUUGAUCUUUCACAUCUUCUUUGUGACUUAUUUUCAGUACACUAUAUAGGGACAGGGCAGAAAAGGCCGGGCGCUGCCGCGACCACCGGGGCAUCAUUGCAUCAAUGCAUUAUCGCUGCGCUGUUCUCUUUGUUCGUCGCCUUUACUCUCUGCUUUUCAUUGUCGUGGCAGAGAAACUGCAUUGUGGGAAUGCCGGGCUCUCGACUGGUUCUUUGGGUUUGGCAUUCUGUUUGGCGGUCUUAGUUUUUGUUGUUGUCGUCGAUGUUGCAUAGGUAGUUUAGGGCGGCGCGGAGAUGGACUCAUCAUGCAUGAUGGAGGGGCCGAUGGAGAGGAG